AUGGGGAAGCAGAAAGAACAGAAGAAGAAACAGAUUGGUGGUUCAAGUAGGAAGCAGAAGAGAAAAUGCGAAAAGGAGAGCCCGAGAGCGUACGAUAAGGACACGGUGGCCUUCAUUUCUCUGUCGCAGGAGCUGAGGGAGGAAGGCAACAGAUUGUUCCAGAGAAGGGAUUACGAGGUGGCGAUGUUAAUGUACGAGAAAGCCAUAAAAUUGCUGCCGGGAAACCACGUAGACGUGCCCUACCUGCGGAGCAACAUGGCGGCGUGUUAUAUGCAGAUGGGGAGCAGCGAGUACCCCAAGGCGGUUUACGAAUGCAAUUUGGCUCUGGAGGUUAAUCCCAUGUACACCAAGGCGCUUCUCAAGAGGGCGCGGUGUUAUGAGGCUCUCAGCCGCCUUGAUUUGGCGCUCAGGGACGCCAGGAGAGUUCUGGGGAUGGAGAAGAAUAAUUUCAUGGCGGCGGAGAUUGCGGAGCGGGUGAAGGCCACCAUUGAUUUAAACGGCGGCGCGGCUGACGUUCCGGUGGAUUUGAUCCCGGUGCCGGAGUACGUCGAGCCGCCUGUUCUGUCCUCCUCUAGUUCCUUCAAGGCGGAUAAGUCGCCCGUGGGGAAGAAGAAGAAAGGACAGAAGAAGAAGAAAGGCGAAGACGAAGAAGAAUAUGAUGAUAAUGACAAUGAAAAUGACAAAGACAAUAACUCCGCAUCAGAGGUUGUCGCCUCCCGGGCCGCCAAAAAGAGAGAAAAGAAGGCUAGGAAGGCUAAGGAGAAGAGAAAUGGCAAUGGGCAAGGGAUAAAUAGUGACGAAGACGAAGACAAUCAAUUCGAGACAAAGAAGAAAGUUCCCAAUGGAGGAUUAAUUCAGGGGAAGAAGAAGAAGAAGAAAAAGAAGAAGAAGAAGAAGAGUGAUAGUGAGGUCAGCAGCAGUGAUGAGGAUGAAGCAAAGAGUGAGGAAAGCAUGGCGACCAAUACAACUGUUGAACAAAACCGAUUCGAUAUUCUGAGUGAUACUGGUAACGACAACGAGGAGGACGACGAAAAGAAGGCUAAGGAGAAGGAGAAGGAUGUUCCGAGUGAUAAUGCUAACCACAAGGAGGAGAAGGAGGAAAAGAAGGCUAAGAAGAAGAAGAAGGAGGUUCUGAGUGAUAAUGGUAACGACAACGAGGACGAGGAAGAAAAGAAGGCUAAGAAGAAGAAGGAGAAGAAGGAGAAGGAGGUUCCCAAAUGCAAUUGUGAGAAGAACAAAAAGGUUGAAAAGAAGGAUAAGAACAAAUCCGAGGAGGAAAGAAAGGCUGAAGACAAAUUGGUGGUUGGGGAAAUAAUGACUGAAACUAACGAAGCUGUUGCUGCUGCUGCUAUAGAGCCGAGAAGAACAGUGAAACUAAUAUUCGGAGACGACAUAAGAUUUGCCCAAGUUCCCACGGAUUGCACCGUCUUGAAGCUCCGGGAGAUCAUAUGUAACCGCUUCCCAAACUGUAACUCCAUCCUAAUCAAAUACAAGGACCAAGAAGGCGACAUGGUGACAAUGACCACAAGUGAGGAGUUUAGGUGGGCUCAAUCCUCAGUUGCCCCCCAUGGUUUCAUCAGACUUCAUAUCGUAGAUGUUAACCCCGACCAAGACCCUCUGUUACUCGAGACGAUGAAACAGGAGGAAGAUAAAGCCGAGGACGAAAAAGAAGAAGAAGAAGCAGAAGAAGAAGAAUAUGAGAACCAAACAAAGCUAAUAGCUGAAGAAAUGGAGAGCCCAGGAACAAGAAAGGGGAGUAGUAGUACUACAUCUUGUGUUAUUGAUGAUUGGACCAUCCAUUUCGCGUAUUUGUUCAAGCACUGCGUUGGGUUCGAGUCAGAUUGUUAUUUGGACUUGCACGAUGUCGGUGUGAAGCUAUACUCGGAGGCCAUGGAAGAAACGGUGACGAGUGAAGAAGCUCAAGACAUUUUAAGCACAUCUGAAGAGAAGUUUCAAGAUCUAGCUGCUCUGGGGCUAUUUAACUGGGGGAAUGCUCUGAUGUCCAGGGCAAGGAGAAGGGCUUUCACAGAUGAAUAUAAUGUGGGAGAUUCAGAAUCCAUUAUGAAACAGAUAACAGAUGCCUUUACUUUAGUGCAAAAGGAAUACACAAUGGCUGGGAAAAGAUUCGAAGAGGCACUGAAGAUCAAACCGAAUUUCUACGAAGCCAUUAUCGCUCUGGGGCAGCUCCAGUUCGAGCAGGCGAAACUGUCUUGGUAUUACGCGAUUAACACAGACACAGAUCUCGAGUCGUGGCCUUCUUCGGAAGUUCUUCAGCUUUACAACAACUCGAGCAAGAAUAUGGAGAGGGGUAUAAAGAUGUGGGAGGAGGCAUUGGUGCAGCAUCUGAUUGAAGUGGCGAAUAAUCAAAGCGGGGGAUCUCGGGGACUGUUGCAGCAAAUGAAACUGGGGAAUUUGUUUUCAGAGAUAUCUGCAGAGGAAACUGCAGAGCAGGCUGCCAAUAUUAGGUCUCAGGUGAAUCUUCUGUGGGGGACUAUGUUGUAUGAAAGAUCAGUUGUGGAGUUCAAACUGGGAGAGCCUAACUGGGAAUACUGUUUGGGUGCUGCUUCUCAUAAAUUUGAACUUGCUGGAGCAUCUCCUGAAGAUAUUGCUGUUAUGGUAAAGAACCAUUGUUCCAACGCAAUGGAAGGGUACAAUGUUGAUGAGACACAACAAGCAUGGAAUGAGAUGUAUGAAGCAAUUAGGUGGCAAAUGGAGAUUCCUGCUUUACAUUUGGAGCCAUUGCUUCGGCAAAGAGUUUCCGGAUUACAGGAUCAAUUGGACAAUUAAUGCAAGAUGAGUACGUACGUUGUUACUAUAUAUAGAAACAAUGGAAGAAUUCUAGA